AUGUACAAAAACAACCAAAACAACCGCAACAACAACCACAACAACCAAAAAAACAACAACAACAAAAACAACAACCACAACAACAACAACCAAAGCAACAACAACCAAAGCAACAACAACAACCAAAGCAACAAUAACUAAAACAACAACAACCAAAACAACAACAACCAAAGCAGCCACAACAAAAGCAACAACAACCAAAGCAACAACAACAGACAAAGCAACAACAACAAAAGCAACAACAACCAAAGCAACAACAACAACCAUAGCAACAACAACCAAAGAAACAAUAACUAAAACAACAACAACCAAAACAAAAACAACCAAAGCAUUAACAACCAAAACAACAACAACAAAAACAACAACAACCAAAGCAAAAAACUAAAACAACAACAAUCAAAGCAACAACAACCAAAACAAUAACAACUAAAACAACAACAACCUAAGCAACAAUAACUAAAACAACAACAACCAAAACAACAACAACCAAAGCAACAACAACCAAAACAACAACACAAACAACAACAACCAAAGCAACAGCGGCGCAAAAGUUUAGAUGAAGCGUUGCCUUGCCAGCAAGCUAUUCCCUAUGUUAGCAGAUUUUGCACAGUGGCGCUGUAA